AUGUCGUUACCUAAGCUGGAGAGGUUUGCAAAGGCGUGUGGGACGGCGGAGGUGGCCGACGUCUUGUUCCUGGUGGGUGAGUCCUGGAGCGUGGGGGAAGGGAACUUCCAGCUGAUCAAAGACUUCAUCUACCGCGUGGUCCUCUCCUUCGAGAACGUGGCAAUGGGCAAAGAGGGCGUUCGGCUGGGAAUGGCACUCUAUGCGGAGAAGCCAAGGAUGAGUAUUGAGUUGACAGAUUACGUCACCAUCGAGGAGGUGCUGGUGGCUGUCAGGGAGCUCUCGUUCCAAGGGGGCAGUGCAAAAACAGGGGAUGCCCUGGUGUUUGUGGCCCAUGUGGUCUUCAAUCCGGCAGCAGCAAGAGGAGAUGCGGCAAAGAUCGUUGUAUUAAUCACAGAUGGGAAAUCUGCCGAUUCUGUUGAAGAUGCGGCUGUGGCGCUACAGGACAGAGGAGUUACAGUGUUUGCUGUGGGAAUUAAGAAUGCCGACAGGAACGAGCUGAGGAAAAUAGCUUCCAAGCCUGCCGAGGAGCAUGUGCUUUACACUGAAGAUUUCCACUUGCUGGGUAACUUGUCCCCUAAACUCUCUCGAAGGCUCUGUGUCACGGCCUCUGAGCCUCCGCGCCCCACCAGGCAGGCUGUGGACGUGGAGAAGAUCGUUGGUCCCCGGGAUUUACUUGUCAGCGAACAAAGUCACAGUUCUUUGAGGCUGACCUGGACUCCUGCCACGGGGAAGGUGAUGGAAUACCACGUCCUCCUGAAUUCACUUUCUGCUACUGGGCAGCUUAUUUCUGAGGACCAGCGGCAGAUUGUUUUGGAUGGCAACAAAAGCACCAUGCUGGUGUCCGAUCUGAAGCCCGACACAAACUAUUUCUUCACAGUCCUGGCAGUCUACGCGGAUGCCCUCGGGGAGUCAACAGCCGUCAAAGGGAAGACGACGCCCAUACCUCCAGUGACCAAUUUCCGGGUCAUCGAAGAAGGACUCUUUACCCUCAAGGUAGCCUGGACUCCUCCCCUAGGGAAGCUUGAAGGCUACAAGAUCUACAUGCCCAGAUCAAACAGACCUGGGAUGACCUAUGAGCAGAUUCUGGGUGGCAAAGUCACCUCUCACGUGCUUGGCAACUUGCAGGAGGAUAAAGAAUAUACUGUCAGUAUUUAUGCUGUGUACCGCCAGGGCCCGAGCCAACCGGUGUCCGCUACAGGGAGAACAUUGAAGCUCCUGCCAGUGAAAAGCAUCUUGCUCCAGAAUGAGACGACUGACACCAUCCAGGCCAGGUGGAUCUCAGUUAGGGGAGCAUCAGGAUACAGGCUCACCUGGGUGUCGGCAGGGGGCAGCGUUGAGACCGUGAACCUGGACGACACUUGUACUGACUACAUGAUCCCGGGGCUGCAGCCUGGGCUGGAAUACACCGUCACUGUCAACCCCGUCUUUGGGGACGUGGAGGGGCCCGUGGUGAGCAGCAAGGCAACCACCCUGGCGGCGAGCGCUGUGCAGACCCUGAAAGUGACCAACAUAACAAUCAACUCUGCCCUGCUCUCCUGGAAUUCAGUGGCUGGGGCCGCUGGGUACAGAGUGGCUUGGGGUCCUACUCCAGAAUUCUUCCACAAAGACCGACCACGGCAGCUGGCUCUGAACAGCUCCACCACGGCCUACCAGCUCCGAAACCUGGCCCCUGACAGCGAAUAUGUGAUUUCCCUCUACGUGCUCUUUGGCUCGGCGGAGGGGCCUGGGAUCACCGCCUCAGCCAGAACGUGUGAGUACAUGCAUGGCGCGGAAGCGGUGCCUCUCCUUGCCCGGGGAGCUCAGUUACCUGGUACAUACCGACAAUACAGAGAGCACCAAAGGGCACUGGAGACGGAGGCUUAA